UUUUAGGUUUAGACAUGGCUGAGGACUGUUUGAAAGCCCUGCAAGAAUUUGGGUCUUUGUAUGUAAGACAUUUCAUCCAGGGUUGUGUGCUAAAUGUUUAAAAAGCCCAUUACCAUGUAAAACUGAAGCAUUGUGCGCAGUGUCCAGUUCGUCUCGUAUUGUUCUAAAUGUUGCCAGAAAUCUGACUGGAAAAGUCACAGGCAGUUUUGCUUGGCAAAUGCUGUGAAAUGUGGAAAGAAUGUCUUUUCAGAAGCCAAAACAAAAGUUACAAGUUUUAGGAUUUGGACACAGUUCAGAACAUCAUUGGUGGAUGCAGUAUCAGUGAAUCUCAAACAUGACCUGGAACAGAAUGAAAGGGAAGCUCUUUGGUUUCCAAAAGUUUGUGAGAUUUGCAAGGAUUCUGAUCUUUCCAAGCUAUUUCCAUGCACAGUAUGUAAUUCAAUUUUCUACUGUUCUAAAGAACAUCUUGAGCAGGAUAUUGAUGAGCAUAGGCACUGGUGUGGUAGGUACCUUACUUGUGUCAGCGUGGAUCAGUUUGUACUGCAGAGGAAUUCGGCAGACGUUGGUUUUUUCAUAAACAUAAAGGAAAACUUUCAGCCUCUACCAGUUGAUAUGACACAGCUAUUGAAUUCAGAGACAGGCCUCAGUCAAAAAGUGACAUUAACAGAUGCAGAAAUGCUCAAAAAAGUUUUGACAGAUGUCCGUUUUGCUGAUGAGCUUACCGUCAUGAUAUACAACAUAAUGGUGUCAGAAACUGUGACAGAUUCUAUGACACUGUUAUAUGCUCUUGAGCAAUUAUAUAUUGGAAAAUAUAAAAAGAAAAUCUGUGAUAUUGCAGAACUAAACAUUCAUGUGGUAGGUGCUGAUGGUAUGAGAGAACUUCUGUAUCUGACUCAUUGGGAAUAUAUUGCUCAUCGUUUGCCAAACCUGAAGAAAUUUAGAGUAUCAUUUGUAGGUCCAGAAGCUGUUCCUCUUAUGGAUGAUCCAGUUCCAGAGGAUGUUGUUUAUAGUAAUGGUGAAUUCCCUGUUUGUAAAGAGUGUAAACAGAGUGACAGGGAGUUUGAGUAUAGGUUCUGUAAUGUGCUUUAUCACCAGUAUGUCAAAAAGAAGCAUUUUUUCAAGCCUGAUGCAGUUAUAGCAUACAACUGUGGAUUUCAUGCACAUUCUGAAUCAGAAAUGUACACAUGGCCACAGAGUCUGAAGCUCAUUAUCUCAGAUCCUGAUAUUCCUCUGAUAUUUACAUCCUUCUCCAAGGAAGAGGCUGAUAAAGAACUUAAAGUUUUGGAGCGUUUACAAGAUAUAAACAUUACGCUUCCUUCUCACCCUAAUCCAUUUAAAAGUCUGAGACCACUUCGUGACUUUAGUAGGGAUAACAACUGCCAUGUGUAUUAUGUCAUAAUUAUAUUACUUGUUUUGUUAACGAGAGAAAAUAUGUAA